GGGUUAUGUCCGAUGGCUGGUCUACUUGUUGAUAACUUUUUAUUGCAUGCUCUUGCAAGAUGUAGGCCAAAAACUAAGUUGCCAGAAAAGGGCUGGGGUAGGGGGAGGUAAGACUUUUUUUGUUUGUUUGAAACGUACGACAAUCGUCGAUGUAAAGUAGGCUAUAAAUAAGGGAAACUAAAAGAUUCAGGCGGAAUAACGACUUCACUAACAAGUUUACUGUGCCUGUCAUUUUAAAAGUUCUACAAAUUUCAUCAGCAGUCUAGUAGGUUUAUCAUGGAAGGUGUUAUGUCUCCUAGAGAUGCUGGUAGAUAUAUCACAGAAAACUGUCAAGAUGUUAGUAUUGUUGAUGCUGGAGUAGUAAAGCUGGCUAAAAUUCUUUUUGAAAAGGUCAAAACUGGUGACUUUGAUGUUAAAAUGUGGAGACGUCACGAGCUCAAUCCUCAAACUAUGGACGAGGAAGCUGUAAACUGGGUGUUUCUCACUGCAGUGUUAAAUUUUUCUUUCUGGUCAGAGAAAGAAAGUGAAAGAUACGAAGUAAUCUAUAAAGGCAAAGGAUAUACAGGCUACUGGGCCCUGUGUGCUGCUGUCAAUAGAGCUUUAGAGGAAGGCUAUCCAAUUACACAGCCAUCAUUCUAUGCCACAAUCAGCGAGGACGUCUUGAAGAAAAUAUUUCGUUCUGACUCUGGCUACAACAUUCCUUUACUUGAUAGAAGACUAGAAGUUUUACUUGAGGCUGGACAGGUUCUGAUGGAGAGAUAUCAAGGAAGUUUUGUGAAUGUUAUCAAAGAAGCCAACAAAAGUGCACAGACUCUCCUAAAGCUGGUUCUCCAACAUUUUUCUAGUUUUCGGGACAUAGCAGAAUAUAAUGGAAAAAAAGUUGGGUUUUACAAAAGAGCUCAGAUUUUGAUUGGGGAUGUCUGGGGCUGUUGUGAAGGUCAGGGUCUUGGAGAGUUCACAGACGUAGACACCAUCACUAUGUUUGCUGAUUACAGGAUUCCACAAGCUCUGGUUUACUUUGGUGUUGUCAAGUACUCUGAGAGUUUAAUGGAGGAACUGAAGAGGGGUAAACUUCUGACAAGUGGAGAUAAGCAGGAAGUAGAAAUAAGAGGAGUCAGUUUGUGGGCUUGUGAGCUGAUAAGAGAUGAGAUUUUAAGGCUGAUCAAGGAGGACGAGGCUGAGACGGGGGUCCCAACAUCACUGACAGCUAAUGCCAUACUGGUGGAUCACUAUUUGUGGGACAUUAGGCGAGAGAUGGCUGACCAAAUGGUGGAUAUUCCAUUUCAUCGUUGUCGUGGAAUUUUCUAUUAGAUUACAAAAUCAGUUAGGCUGUGUCUAGACUGUGUUGAAAAUUGAGUUUAUUUCAAAGUUAGUUUAGUAUUUGAUAUUUUGAUUAGAUUUAUUUCUCAAGUUCACUCAGGUUUAUUGGAGACUUUCAAUUUUUACUAUGAUUUUCUGUAGAAAAUAAAGCUAUUGAAGAUACAAUGUGGUUAGAAAACUAGUCAACUGAAUAUGAUCUGAUAUACACAGAGCUGUGCAUUUAGUUUCUUAACGUGUACAGGCCAGGCAUUUAUUAGUGUACAGGUGCUCUGCACUCAUCCUUAAUCUUUGGAGUCAAUGACAUUGUCGUUAUUAUUAGUAGUAGUAUUUCUUUUUGAAAAAGUAAAUAAUAGGAUGCUGAACCAAUUAUUAUCAAAUGUGAUCAUCUAAUAGUAUGUCGUAGCAUUCAUCAUCAAAUGUCAUGCAGUAAUCUUAAAAAAUGUUUUUUCUCAUAGAAAACUCUCACAUGAUGAAACAUUAUUUUUAAAAACUUCUCUUUAGUGAUAAAUAAACACAUCUUUGCAUUGAACAGUUGCAGCAGCCAGAUUUUCUUUUCAACUAAUGAAUGUUAGGAGACAGAAAUGUUGCUUUCAUAGUGUGUGUGCUUAGAACUGAGUGGAUUUUGAAAUGGUUUUUGUUAAACUAAGUCAAAGUGUAUCAAAGAAAUCUUGUUCACCUAGUCAGAGUUUUAUAUUUUAUUGUAUUUAUUUUCUUUUCUAUGGGCAUUACAACACUAUACAUAGUAGUUUGGUUUACAUAAUUGGAUGUUCCUUCAGAUCAGACCAGCAGGAUGACUUUAAAAGGGGGGGGGGGCUGUGAGCAGGGUUUGAUCCCAGGACCAUUGAGACCACUGAACAAGAGUCCAGUGCACAUACUACUCCACCAGGCAGCCCUACUAUAGUUUUAAUAUAAUGAAGUUUAUAGAGAUGUGCUUUUUGUUCAUUUAUUAUUAUCAAGGAGAGCAGCCUCAUUUAAAUAAAAAAAAACAACUUACAUUUUAA